AGUCGCUCGCGCUAUGCAGUCGUAGCCGGUCUCGCUCGCUUGCGGUAAGUCCAGAUACUCGUGAUCGUGGUUUUCCACAGGUAUACACAUACCUACCUGCCGACCGAGUAAAUCGGAUGACUCUUUUAUUAUUCACCUUGCAAAUGUUACCCAAGUGUCGCCGUUCGAUCGUACUUUAACGCGGUACCAGCAACGAAAGAAAGCUGACGAGUCGUACAGGAUUAAAACGAAAUAGCAGAAAAAAGAAGAGGAAAAAAUUUCGGAAGCACGAUGGGAAGACCCUAGAGAUCGAACGUCAACUGAUUGGCACCAUCCGCGUCAAGGAUGCGAGGAAACGGGCGACUGCUACUGUCCGUAGCUUCGAUUCUGUUGUUGAUCGAUGCGUCCGAAGCGCAAACACCGCGUCUUGGGGGUGCGGUGAAUAUUUUCAGCAGAUACGGAUACCUUAGUAUCAGCAUGAGAGUUGUGCCAAGGAAUGACACGGAGAAUUGGAUAUUUCGCGAGCCGACCUUGGACGUAUUUCGCAACCCGGCUCCGGCGCCUCCGCGUACUGAGGAUAAAAACGCCGUUCUUAAGGGGGAUUUUCACAUGGAAUUUUGUGACAAUAUAAGGCAACUUCUGCAGGCUUAUUUCAGAGAUUUCUCAUUCGAGAGACUCGACAGGCCUUGGAGAGCAUUUACCGCUAGUUGGUCCCGCGCAGCAAUCGCUAGGCACCUGGGUAUCAACGCAUCUUUCGCUACGGGCGAUCAUUGUUACGUCCUUGUCCGCGUUGCUCGAUUCAGGGAAAGCAAAAGAAUCAACGGACCCGUAGAUUCGCUUAUCCUGGACGAAGCCAUCGCUAGAGAAGUCGAAAAUGUCACCGUUGGCGAUUACAGCAGCGUUAUCCGAUUCGUCCGGAACUUUGGAUCUCAUUAUAUAUCCUCAUACGUUACGGGAAAUUCCUUGUAUCAGGUGUUCGUGUACACGCCGCAGGUGUAUUCACGGAUAAAAGAACGUCUGAAAGCUCGAGGUGUUGGUGAACUUUCGACAUCGGAAUUGAACAAUUUCUUUUCCCCUUGGUACGCGGAGCACAUGGGUGCCAUUCAAUCGGCUAGUGGAAAUCGAUCGGUUGAGGCAUGGGCGGUGGAACGACUUCGUGUACAAUAUUACAUAUUCACGUAUGCAAGUUUGUUGAAACUUCACGGAGAUGUACCUCUACUACGUCAGCUGGAUUCCCUUCUUGGAAACGAGGCGCUUUUACAGCUUCAACUUCGCACCUUGGAACCGCUGUUCAAAAAUCAUCCAGCGCGGUUAGAAUGGUUCCGUGAAAUAAUCGACAAUUUUUUCAAACUUUGCGAAGUGAGCGUGUGACGAAACUUGCGCGGUAAUUAGAAGAUAAUAAUACAUGAUCAAAUGAGGUGCAGACUAAAGAAUACGGGAAUAAUGCGAAAAAUUCUCGAUUCAAUCCAUCGAACGUUGUUGUAAUUAAUUGUUGAUAUUUUAAUGCAUCAACUUUAACAGAGUGCUCUUUCGCAACGUUCGAUCAAGGCAUGCAUCGCCGGGAAGAGGCAGUUUUCAAAUAAUUUCAAACGAUAUAUGCGAAGACGUUUAACGAAAUAUGAAUAAUAACAACGAAGUGCAGCGGGCGUUGUGAUGACGCUAUUACCUAUUAUAUAUGAUCGCAAUUUUCGCGCUUCUUUUGUACAACUAUACACCAUUGAUAAACAUAAAUUUAAACGUAAUAUCAUAGAUAUAUUUAUAUCUAUCUAUGGUAAUAUGCAUAUUGCAAAUGCAUUUGAACAACGUAGGUAAAAGGUGAUUUUUAAUCGACCUACGUUAAUCUGCGUACAUUAACGUUCCUCGUGACCGCCCAUCGUUCACUAUAAAAAUCAGACUGAUUAAUUCUUUUACCCUGGUGUAACUUUUGUUUUUAUCCGUUCUCCCCUAAUCAUAAAAUAUGAACGUAUACAGCGUAGGUACGUACGUACGAAAUAAAUCACUGUUAUUUUAUUGUUA